UGGGCCCCGGAGCAGUUGGCGAAGCUGCGCCAGACUGGGACAGUGGCGGAGUAUCGAGCUGAGUUCUUCAAACUGGGUAACCAGUGCAAGGGCGUACCGGAGGAGACAUUGGUGGGUCUGUGCAUGGCGGGACUCCGCCCAGAGAUUGCAGCGGCUGUUCGGGUAUUUGAGCCCGAUUCACUUCGAGCUGUUUUCCGUCUUGCAGGUAAUAAGGAGGAGGAACUGGCUAACUGGCGG